UUUGCGCCCCGGUGCAACCUUCCUGUGAUUCCUGCACAUUUGGGUUUAUUUUUAAACAGAGCCGGGUCGUUUUUUGGUGCUGCUGCCUCGAGCGUGCAGCGCUCCAGUUUGUGUGUGAGGAAGCUUUGUGGUGUGGGUUCAAAGGUUUCAGCGCUGAAGCACUUCCUCGUCCUCUGUCGCUCACAUCAGUCCGACCUAGAGAGAUCAGCCUGUGAGCGCGCUGACCAUGUGUCCUUUCUAGCUUCAUGUGAGCCUCCAGUCUGUCAGACGGCGACAUCAGGAAGUCUCUGGGAUGCUGAGGAGCUCUGGAGGAAUGUAAAAAAAUCUGAAUCAGCUGAGUGAUGCCUCGGUCUUUUCUGGUGAAGCGCGGAGGGCUGCACCACCUCCGGGCCGCAGUGAGAAGCCCCAGUCCUGGUUCCACCCCGGUAGUGUUCGGCAAGCUAGAGAAAAACGUGGAGUCCUGGGACGCAUCCCUGGGGUACUCCGCAGCCAAAGAGCCAGAUAAAAAGCAAGCGACUAUUCUAACUUCACAGGCCGAUAUUUAUGUUUCCAGUUGCACCGAUGCAAACAUGCAACUUCAGCAAUUCAGUCCCAAAUCUAACGAGUGUGCUUUUAUCAAAGAGGAGGUAGGGGGCGCUGUCUCUCCCGCAACAGGAGCAUGGCUGAGUUCUGCCGUGAGCUCAGACUAUCCAGACAAACUGUCAGAGGACCCGGGACAUCUGACUCCGCCACAGACGAGGAGCAGCAGCUGCUCCAGGAUCAGUGUACUGAGACAAGAGUGUCUGCUCUGUGGCAAAAUAUUUUCAUCUCUGUCAAGCCUGAAGACACAUAUAUGUAAAAGUCAUGGAAACAAAGCUACCCACUUCAAGGCCAGCAGGGCUGAUAAUAAGAAGUCUUUGCACAGGGGCAAGGAGAAGACCUUCGGCUGUGAAGUGUGUGGGAAAGUGUUCAAGCGUUCCUCCACCCUCUCCACUCACCUGCUCAUACAUUCGGACACGCGGCCCUAUCCCUGUCAGUACUGCGGCAAGAGAUUCCACCAGAAGUCGGACAUGAAGAAACACACAUUCAUUCACACAGGGGAGAAGCCUCAUGUUUGCCAGAUAUGCGGCAAAGCAUUCAGCCAGAGCUCCAACCUCAUCACACACAGCCGAAAGCACAGAGACGACCGGCCCUACCGCUGCACUCUCUGCCACUACAGCUUCCAGCAAAAAGUGGACCUGCGGCAGCACCAGGAGCACCACUGCACCUGCCGCUGACCUCUGACCUUUCUCCUUCAUCACAGAAAACACUUUGAGGACAGAAAUCCUUCUGCUGUUCUGUUGAUCAGGUGUCAUGUGUCUACAGACUUCGCUCAGCUGCAGAUCACCUCGUGUAUCUUUUGUGGCCUAAAGCAUCCAUUUAUAAGAAAAGCUGCAGCUUUGGAUGGAAUUUACAUGUUUAGCAACUGCUGCGCUCUGCACUAAACCUUUCAAAAAUAAAUAUUUUCUUAAUA